AUGUCUACCUUUGAUGGAAUUGUCCAAGAAUUUCCCUAUAUACAAAUCGAUUACUUCCGCAAGAGCCCAGACAGACCUCCCCCGCUGGUCUGCUUCCUGAGCCAUGUGCAUAGUGACCACCUGCAGGGACUCGAGUCCUUCCGAGCGCCCUUCAUCUACUGCUCAGCAGCCACACGCGAGCUACUCCUACGGAUUGAAAAGUAUCCGCAUCGGAUGAACUUCAGCAAAGGCAUCCUCGAAUCGCGCAGACUGCACUACAAGCACCUGUCCAAGCUUCUGAGGCCUAUCCCACUGAACACGCCAACGGAGAUUGACCUGACCCCACGGCUGUCCAUCAGGGUCACCCUCCUCGAUGCGAACCAUUGCACCGGUGCAGUGAUGUUUCUGAUCGAGGGCGAUGGGAAGGCCAUCCUGUACACUGGUGAUAUCCGAGCUGAACCCUGGUGGGUCAACAGCAUCAUCCGGUAUCCGAUCUUGGUUCCCUACACGUUAGGGACCAAGCAGCUGGACAAGAUCUACCUCGACACCACCUUCGCCCGUCCAUCCCGCAUCUGUCGCGUGUUCCCGUCGAAAGUGGAAGGCCUGGCCGAAUUGCUGCGCAAGGUCGAAGCCUACCCCGAGAAUACGAUGUUCUACUUCCGUGCAUGGACCAUGGGGUACGAAGAGGUCUGGAUGACUCUUGCUGCGGCGCUUCGAUCCAAGGUUCACGUCGAUCGAUACCAGAUGGACUUGUAUAGGUCUCUCGCUUCGUCGCGGGUUGAAGGGGGCAUCAACGAGGUCCCCUCGCUCUGUGGGUUUGAACUAGGAAACCGUUACGUUCCAGGCUGUCUGAGCGAGGACGAGCGCGCUCGAAUACAUAGCUGCGAGCCCGGCGUGCAGUGUUCGGUAGCGAGAUCCAAGGACACCGUUUACAUUAUCCCGGUGGUCAAUCGGACCAAGGACGGCUCCGAAAUGCCCGAGUUGGGGGCUGGGGGAGGAGGGGGUGAUCUGUAUCAGAUUCACGAGCUCGAGCUGCCCGACAAGUCUGCCUUGGAGCAGCUGGAGAAGCUUUGUUUCGAGCGGAUCCAUGACACCCAGGCACUAUCGCACACUAGACAGGCUCUUAUCGAGGCCUUCGAGUCGAAAAGACAGGUGCUUCCAUUGGACAGCUUUGGAUUGAAGGACGCAGAUGAGAUGCCUCUGGAGAAGUUGGUCAAGAUGCUCGGCCGGGGUCGUGCUGAGGAAACACAAUUGCUGGGUGACGAGCAUCCUCCGGAAGGCGAGGCGCCUCCCAAAGUCAUCCGCUUCCCCUACUCCCGACACUCCUCGUAUUCGGAAUUGUGUGAUCUAGUUGCCGCGUUCAAACCGAAAGACAUCCACCCUUGCACCGUCGACCCGGUGACCUGGACCGAAGAUAUCUCGAUGCAGAACCUCUUCGGCCACCUCUGUUCCGGCACCGAGUUUGCUCACGACCAGGUGAUGCGCGACAUGAUUUCCAAUGACGAGGAACUGGUCCAUCGAAGGAAACGGUCCAGGCAAGCAGUUCCCUCGGUGACCCCACAAUCAAGCCAACAGUCAUCCGGCAUGACACUCGACACCCAGCAGUCCGAAGCACGCGAGAAGCCACCACCCUCACCGUCACUGCCACCUCCUCCGCGUCCACCACGCAAGAAUAUUCCGACACUCUCCUCGUCAACGCCUUCCACAGAGGACCUCAACCUCCCAUCCUCCUUCGCGACGAUCAACGAAACCACCUACAAUCCCACCACUCCCUUCCCCAACCCAAGCCCCACUGCAACCACCACGCCAUCCCAAGCCCCCAUCAUCCCCCCCGCAACACCCCAAACGGCCCGAAUCCACCGCAACACAAUCCGACAAGCAUGGACCUUCCUCCACGCCAUGCCCGACUCCCAACGCGAAGCCUACAAUCUGAGCUCCCUUCCAUCGUCGUGGCCGAUGAUGACCCACGAGCAGGCCUCCGAUGAUGUAGCCGACCACGACCUCUCCCAUUCAUCAACCCAGCUAGACCCGCUACUCGAAGACAACAACAAAACCAUCCCCGCGUCCCCAGACACAGACACAGGCACAGGCACAACUCCCCCAGCACCAGAGCCCCAACAAACCCGAGACAACCACACUCUCCCCGCCCCGGGCAACACCACACCCUCACCCACCACCACCCAUUCCCAGACAAACCCCGACCCCACCUCUUCCCCAGAGGAAGAAGAAGAAGAAGACGAAACCCUAAUCGACGACCUCCUCACCUCGCCUUCACCCUCACCAUCCCCAUCCCCCUCCUCAGCCAGCUCCACCUCCAACCGCCCCCACAGAAGCGAUAACCAACCUCCCACGAAACGCCACCGGAGCCACCGACCCUCCACCACCAACCGCCGCACACAGACCCGGACCCAACGCGAGGACGCCUACCGCGCCGCGCAGGCGGACAGCUACGAGGCGUGGGCGACGGCCGUGGCGCUGAUGUCGACGGGGAAUAAUCAUUCGGAGGUUGAGAUGGAGCUUUAACCUCCGACCUUCUCCUAUCAUUUAUGGAAAGGGGGUGGGUUUAGCUUUGCGCGAGAUUAACAGGGAAGAAUGGUUUGCGGUGUUGGGGAGGUUGGGAUGUUGUGAUGGAUGUUGUUUCCCUUGUUGGGUCAGAAUGUAAGAUAAGUUGGGGUAGGGAUUGGUUUUGGGACUGUAAUGUAAUUACUUCGUGG